AUGUCUUCGUCAACGACGCACCGGACGAGCAUCUGGCCGUCGGCCACCGCCGUCGCCUCCAGCACCACGACCACCUCCUGUUCCUCCACAGAUCCGGCAGAAACCGCCUCGUCCUCAUCGUACUUCCUACCGGAGCUGAUCCCACUGGUCGCGAGCCGACUGACGACCCUACAGGAUUUCUUCGCCCUCCGCGCCACCUGCCGCACCUACCGGGCUCUCCUCCCGCUGUCGCCGUCCAACCUCGCCUCCCAGGCUCCGCUCCUCCUCGUCCCGCACAAGGUAUCUUCCUCGGAAGCCCUCUUCCACAUCCCACUUCGCCGCAUCCUCCGCUUCCGGCCCCCCCGCACCGCCCUAGCUCAACAUGACCCCAGCAAUGCCGAAUUUGAUUCUUUCGGUUGCCGUGUCGCCAUCGAGGACAGCGAUGCCAUGGGCAGCCACCGCGAGCUCCACAUCUGCCACCUCCUCACAGGCGAGCGAGUCCGCCUGCCCGAUGCUCUGAAAUACUACUACAAAGGAAUCAUCUUUGCCGGCGACCUCAUUCUCAGCUUUAAUCGAUACCAUUACCACAACACCGUCCACUACUGCCGCAUUGGGGACAACCACUGUCUAGAGGUGCGGUGCGACGAAGGCUACAGGUUUCGUGACCUGAUUUUCGUGAAAGGCACCCUGUACGCAUUGAUCUAUCCAAAUCACUGCCCCGCUGUCAUCGAGCUUGACAACAAUUCCGUGGUAUUGUUGUUUCUUGGAGGUGAACCGAGUGCAGAAAUAGUUCAAAAUUGUUCGAUGUUGAGACUAGCAGAGUGCCGUGGUGAGCUAUUGCUCGUUACUGCUGUGAGUUACCCGGUGGGGUACCAUGUUUUCCAGUGGCAAUCUGAUAAUAGGAAGUGGGUGAGGACUACCGCCCUUGGUGGCUGUAGCUUGUUCUUUAAUAUUCUCCAGUUUGCAGGUUGCCUUGGUCCGGAUCAUCCCGCAGUUCGAGGGAAUUGCUUGUACAUCAUUAAGUCCAAUGGGCAGUGUAUCAAGUAUUCUCUGGUUGAUGGAUCUUCUCAUGAACUCGUUGCCGACUACCCAGCACGACCACGGGCUUGGAAUUUGCUUUAUGAAAACUUCUGA